ACAACAGCGAGUUGUAUAAGAAGAGCUAAAACAUAGAAUAUAGUAUAGACUUAAUCUUCUUGUUGAGGAUGAAAUCUUUUAGAUUGAACCUGCCUCUACCCAUUAACAACACGCACAUAACUCCUAAGCAAUUCCUCCCCUCUACUAUCACACCUUCAUCUUCAAGAAUCCAAACAGUAUUACGCCCACUUCGCACUGCUCGUUUUCCUCCACUUCUUGCAAGUCAAACUGACACUGUAGCUGUUACAGAAGACGAAACUGAUAUUGCUGAGCCCUUGCCGGAUGGGCUAAGUUUGGAGUUGAUGCCGCGGCAUGUGGCGGUCAUUAUGGAUGGAAAUGGAAGGUGGGCCAAGCAGAGAGGGUGGGUGGCAUCCAAAGGGCAUGAAGUGGGCGUACGUUCAUUGGAGGAUGUCAUGAAGCUUUGUGGUGACUGGGGGAUUCAAGUUCUUACUGUUUUUGCCUUUUCUUCUGAUAAUUGGACUAGGCCUGAGGUGGAGGUCAAUUUCCUGCUGAGUUUGUUUGAGAAACUGUUAAAAUCUGAAUUGGACAAAUUUGUCAGGAAAGGUAUUCGGGUGUCGGUAAUUGGAGAUUCAUCGAGGCUUCCCCGGUCUCUGCAGAGGAUAAUAAAUGAAGUAGAGGAGACAACCAAAGGCUGCUCCAAGCUUCACCUACUUGUGGCAGUUAGUUACAGUGGGAAGUAUGAUGUUCUGAAAGCUUGUCAAAAUAUUGCUGCUCAGGUUAAGGAAGGCCUUAUCGAACCACACGAAAUUAGCGAAGAACUGAUCGAACAGGAGCUUGAGACAAACUGCACGGAGUAUUCGUCGCCUGAUCUAUUAAUCCGAACCAGUGGUGAGCUCAGAAUCAGCAACUUCUUGCUGUGGCAGUUGGCCUACACUGAACUCUACUUUGCAGAGCAACUGUGGCCUGAUUUUGGAAAACCUGGAUUUGUGGAUGCUUUACUUUCAUAUCAGCAACGGCAAAGACGCUACGGUCAACGAACCUGAUCCAUGAAUAAGAGCUAGCUUUUGGGUGCGGCAAUUUUAAGUCAAGCUCGGGAGGUGCUUGGUGUAUAAUAUAUAUUUAUACAUGUAUAUACAUAUUUAACCAAAACAAAUACUAAAAUUAUAUAAAAUAUUCUGCAAUUCAUCUA